CUCCUCCGGGGUCCGAGGUGUCCUCCUUCGGGGUCCGAGGCUCCGUCCUUCGGCGUGUCGGUCGCCGCUGCUCCGAGGGACAUGGCGGCCCCCGAGCAGCCGCUGCCCCUGUCGAGAGGAUGCCUGAGCUCCGCGCUGUCCCCGCCGCGAGGCGACCGGACUCUGCUGGUGAGGCACCUGCCUGCAGAACUGACCUCCGAGGAGAAGGAGGACCUGCUCAAGUACUUCGGGGCGCAGUCGGUGCGUGUGCUGUCGGACAAGGGGCGCCUGAAACACACAGCUUUUGCUACUUUCCCUAAUGAAAAAGCAGCCAUAAAGGCACUGACAAGACUUCAUCAGCUGAAGCUUUUAGGUCAUACUUUAGUUGUGGAAUUUGCAAAAGAACAAGAUCGAGUUCACUCUCCAUGUCCCACCUUAGGCACGGAUAAAAAGAAAAGAUCUGAUGACACUGUGGAAGAAGAGAAAGAAAAGAAAGAAGUUGAUUGCGUAACGAUAGAGAAUGGAAUUGCGCCAAACCAUGGGCUGACAUUUCCUCUGAAUUCAUGCCUCAAGUAUAUGUACCCACCACCUUCAAGCACAAUCCUAGCAAAUAUAGUAAAUGCUUUGGCAAGUGUGCCUAAAUUCUAUGUACAGGUACUUCAUCUUAUGAAUAAAAUGAAUUUGCCCACACCUUUUGGACCAGUUACUGCACGACCUCCUAUGUAUGAAGACUAUAUGCCAUUGCAUGCUCCUCUUCCACCCAUGUCUCCUCACCCACCUGAGGAACCUCCUUUGCCAAACGACAAUGAGGAAUUAUCUAAUGACGAAUCAGAAUAUGAAAGCAGCGAUGAUGAGGAUCGACAGAGAAUGAGCAAACUAAUGGAACUAGCCAAUCUUCAGCCCAAAAGACCAAGAACCAUAAAGCAGCGUCAUGUGAGAAAAAAACAAAAAAUAAAGGAUAUGCUGAGUGCACCUUCAUCUGCUUCGCACAGCAAUUUACAUCCAGUGCUGUUACCCUCAGAUGUGUUUGACCAACCACAACCUGUAGGUAACAGGAAAAUUGAAUUCCAUAUAUCUACUGACAUACCAGCAGCAUUUAAGAAAGAUUCAGAGAAGGAAGAAAAUUAUGAAGAAAAAAGUUGUGAUGUACCUGCUGCUGAAGUUGAUGCAGCCAACGUAGGAUUUGGAAAAAUCUUCCCAAAGCCUAGUUUGAACAUCACGGAGGAAACUAAAGACGACUCUGAUGAAAUGCCAUCAGAAUGUAUUUCUAGAAAGGAGUUGGAAAAAGGCAGAAUUUCUAGAGAAGAAAUGGAAGCACUUUCAGUUUUCAGAAGUUAUGAACCUGGUGAACCAAAUUGUAGAAUUUAUGUAAAGAAUUUAGCUAAACAUGUUCAAGAAAAGGACCUUAAAUUUAUUUUUGGAAGAUAUGUUGACUUUUCAUCAGAAGCACAACGAAUCAUGUUUGAUAUACGCUUGAUGAAAGAAGGUCGUAUGAAAGGUCAGGCUUUCAUUGGACUUCCAAAUGAGAAAGCAGCAGCAAAAGCCUUAAAGGAAGCUAAUGGAUAUGUUCUUUAUGGAAAACCCAUGGUGGUUCAAUUUGCUCGAUCUGCUAGACCAAAGCAAGAUUCUAAAGAAGGAAAAAGGAAAUGUUAAAAAUUAUUCAAGCAUUCCUGCGUAAAUACUGCUGUAAUACUCUCAUACAAAGUGUAUCCUUUCUUGUGGUAUCCUUUUUGGGGCAAGGUUUUUUUUUUUUUUUUCUAGUAUUGUUUUGUCCCUCUAUCCAUUGAUCUAGAUUAAAUAACAUUUUUAAAUACUUUAUUCAAGUGAAAUUUUUCUAAAAUUGUGUAAAUAGAGCAGCUUUUUUACGUUUUAUAGAUGUUGAAUUGUAUAUGUUGACUUUUGUUUUUCUAUAAUUUUCAUACAAACUUAGUGAAUCAGGUCAACUUUGGAAAAAUGUAUGCAUUUGCUGUAAUCAUGAUAUUCUUUCUUCUGUUUGAGGAUUUCCUAAACCUGAUUCAAAAACAUCUGCUUUCUGUUGAUAUAUAAUCUAGGUGUUUUACAUAAGGUGUGAAUUUUGGAGAAAAAGAGCUAAAUUAUGUGAAUUCCAAAUGAGAGUAGCAUGUCACUUUUGAAGUUUAUUACUGAAAGC